UGGAAGUUGCAGCCUCCCCAUAUGACCGAAAGAAGAGAGUCGACGAACAAACACUCGGGGAGCCAAUCUCCUGCCUCCGGUCACCGACGGUUACUCAGUUACGGUAACUAUAUUUUAGUCCUCUGCUAAUAGUCAAUACUAGAAUUUAAGGACUAGGGUUCUGUUUCUGAUCAGACACUUCGUGGAGCUCCAUACCAGCUCAGACUCCAUUAAUGACCAAGCCAAAGCUCCCAGUGCAUUGAAAAAGGAGCUCCUACUUUUGAAACUGAAACUAUGUCGUUUCCGAGGCGCAGAAAGGCCCCAAAGACUCAAAACUCAGAGCUUCACGAAAUUGACGGCGAAAACGAGGACGAUGACGAUGACAAGAAGAGGAACCCGAAGACGAAUCUCAGAAAGGACAAGAGAUGGUCUUGCGUGGACAGCUGUUGCUGGCUCAUUGGGUGCAUAUGUUCGAUUUGGUGGUUUUUGCUGUUCCUGUACAACGCAAUGCCAGCGUCGUUUCCCCAGUACGUGACGGAGGCGAUAACGGGACCGUUACCGGACCCUCCCGGCGUGAAGUUGCUGAAAGAGGGCUUGAAGGUGAAGCACCCGGUGGUGUUCGUCCCUGGAAUCGUUACCGGCGGUCUUGAGUUGUGGGAGGGGCACCAGUGCGCUGAGGGCUUGUUUAGGAAGAGGCUUUGGGGUGGGUCGUUCGGGGAAUUGUACAAAAGACCAUUAUGCUGGGUUGAGCACAUAUCACUGGAUAAUGAAACUGGACUGGACCCGUCUGGUAUAAGGCUCAGAUCUGUAUCUGGACUUGUCGCAGCUGAUUACUUUGCACCUGGUUAUUUUGUCUGGGCUGUCUUAAUUGCCAAUUUGGCUCGCAUUGGAUAUGAGGAGAAAACAAUGUAUAUGGCUGCAUAUGACUGGAGAUUAUCAUUUCAAAACACUGAGGUCAGAGACCAAACUCUAAGCAGGAUAAAAAGUAAUAUAGAACUCAUGGUAGCUACAAAUGGUGGAAAAAAGGUGGUUGUUAUACCACAUUCAAUGGGUGUUCUGUACUUUCUGCAUUUCAUGAAAUGGGUUGAGGCACCAGCUCCAAUGGGUGGUGGUGGCGGCGGGUUGGAUUGGUGUGCUAAGCAUAUAAAAGCGGUAAUGAACAUUGGUGCACCCUUUCUAGGUGUUCCAAAAGCAGUUGCAGGACUUUUCUCUAUUGAAGCAAAGGAUAUUGCUAUUGCCAGGGCUUUUGCGCCGGGUGUUUUGGAUAAGGAUGUUUUUGGUCUGCAAACUUUUCAACAUAUGAUGCGGAUGACCCGCACAUGGGAUUCAACCAUGUCAAUGAUACCAAAAGGCGGGGAUACUAUUUGGGGUGGCCUUGAUUGGUCACCUGAAGGGGACUUUAACUGUAGUGCAAAGAAGCUCAAGAAUAAUGAUACCCAAACUGCAGACCAAAGUGGGAAGGGGAGUCUGGGUUCUACAAAAAGAGUAAAUUAUGGGAGGAUCCUAUCAUUUGGGAAAGAUGUAGCUGACAUACAUUCCUUCGAGAUUAAAAGAGUGGAUUUCCGGCAGGGUGCUGUCAAGGGUAAUAACCUUAUAAAUACAACCAAGUGUGAUGCAUGGACAGAGUACCAUGAAAUGGGUAUUGAGGGUGUCAAAGCUGUUGCAGAUUACAAAGUUUACACAGCUGGAUCAAUUUUGGAUCUGCUUCAUUAUGUUGCCCCCAAGUUAAUGGCGCGUGGUGAUGCUCAUUUUUCACAUGGAAUUGCAGACAAUUUGGAUGACCCUAAAUAUGAACAUCACAAAUAUUGGUCAAACCCGUUAGAAACGAAAUUACCAAAUGCUCCAGACAUGGAAAUCUAUACCAUGUAUGGUGUUGGAGUCCCCACAGAAAGAGCAUAUGUGUACAAAUUAACUCCUGCUGCGGAAUGCUACAUUCCCUUUCAGAUAGAUGCGUCAGCAGAGGGUGGAAGUGAGAAUCCUUGUCUAAAAGGUGGGGUGUUUUCUGUUGAUGGGGAUGAAACCGUUCCCGUUUUAAGUGCAGGUUUCAUGUGUGCAAAAGGUUGGCGGGGAACAACCCGUUUCAACCCUUCAGGCAUUCGUACAUACAUAAGGGAGUAUGAUCAUGCCCCUCCAGCUAAUUUUCUAGAGGGCCGUGGCACCCAAAGUGGUGCUCAUGUUGAUAUAAUGGGUAAUUUUGCAUUGAUUGAAGAUGUUAUAAGAGUUGCAGCAGGGGCUACUGGAGAGGACUUAGGUGGGGAUCAAGUUUACUCUGACAUUUACAAAUGGUCCGAAAAGAUCAACCUACAACUCUAGAUUCACAUGCAUAGUUGCUUUCGUGCGUAAAGGCACCCGCAGCCGGUGAAACUAUUGCCUGGCAAUGGAGGCAGUGGUGAUUCCGGAGUGCAGUGUUACACUCAAAAUUGAAGCCCAAGGGUUGAAGUGCUGGUUGCUAAAGCAAAUGCAUUCAGAUUUAUGCAGUAUUUGUGGCCUUUAUGUAUUAAUUACAUGGGGCUUAAUAGGUGCCUUACAAAUUUUGAAUAUACAUUUAAUUCAUUUGACAAUUGACAAUAAAACUUCUAACCAAUUAGUCUA